AUGAAUUAUUUAUGUGAUCCAGACGCGAACGUAUUCGAUAUUGAGUUUACACGCUUCAAGAUUCGUGAUCUGGACACUGAACAAGUUCUUUUCGAAAUCGCCAAACCAACCAGUGAUGAGGAGUCAGAUGACAAUGUGGUGAUCACUACGGAAGAGGCGAGUGCAGCCAGAUUCGUACGCUACCAGUUCACACCUGCAUUUUUACGUUUGAAACGUGUCGGAGCAACUGUGGAGUUUGUGGUGGGUAAUAAAGCAGUGAACAAAUUUCGCAUGAUCGAACGUCACUUCUUUCGUGAUCGACUCCUGAAAAGUUUCGAUUUCGAAUUCGGUUUCUGUAUACCGAAUAGUAAAAACACUUGUGAACACAUUUAUGAUUUCCCGCAAUUGUCCGAAUCUUUGAGUGAGUUUUGUUUUCUUGAUUUCAACUCAUCUUGC